AUGUUAAAGGAAAUUACUUGUCAUGGUAAUCAACUAACCAAUCUCACUCUACCUAAUGAUCCUACCAAUUUGAAAGAAUUAGAUUUAAGAGGUAAUAACUUCUCCGGCGACUUAGUUUUUUUGACUAAAGCUACCAGUUUAGAAGAACUUAAACUAUCAAAUAACAAGUUCACUGGUUCCUUAGAUUAUUUAAGUAACCUGAAGCAAUUAAAAGAACUUGAUAUUAGCAACACGGAUCUAAAUGAAGCUUAUCCUUAUGAGGAUAAAAACUUAAAUGAUACUAGUUUAGCCUUGGAAGCUGAUCCACAAAAAAGACCUAGUGCUGGGGAGUUAUAUUGGAUUAUUAAGGGUUGGCAUGAUGAAAUUAGGUAUGGAUACACUCAAUUCACUCGGCAAUACCAACCCCUAGUCAGAAAAUACCACACUUUCUCCCAAAACACUCCUUAUCAAAUCCAUCAGACUGCCAUUACCCAUAGUAAACCCAUCAAUACUAAACAAAUCACCCAAUUAUUACAAAAAAUUAAACCAACUUCCAAUUUAGAGGAAAUCAUAGAAAUUGAAUUACCAGAAACUAGUUAUUCUCUAGAAGAUGAUUUUGGUCUUGAUGAAUUAAAUCUUACCGAAACAACCGAAGAAACAACUUCUCAAAUCGAAAUUCCUCCCAAGGGUAAUCAUUAA